AUGGAACAAAUAUGUUUUCUUCUUCUAAUAAGUAAAAUUCUUUUAGCUGGUGCACAGUUUAAUGGAUACAACUGUGAUGCUACCUAUCACAGUAGAUUUCCUGCUGAACGAGACAUCAGUGUCUAUUGUGGAGUGCAAACCAUAACACUGAAGAUUAAUUUCUGCCCAGUUCUUUUCUCUGGAUAUUCUGAAGCUGAUCUGGCUCUGAACGGCAGACAUGGAGAUGUGCACUGCAGGGGAUUCAUAAAUAACAACACCUUUCCUACAGUGGUGAUUUUCACUAUCAGCCUUAGCACCUUGGAAUCAUGUGGAAAUGGCUUGGUGGUGUCUUCGGUCCAAGGUGUUACUGCUUAUGGGAACUUAUCCUCAGUACAGAUCGGGAAUAUUUCAGGAUUCAUUGACACUCCAGAUCCUCCCACAAUAAUCAGCUAUCUCCCUGGACUUCUGUAUAAAUUCAGCUGCAGCUACCCCUUAGAGUAUCUGGUCAACAACACACAGCUUGCUUCAUCAUCAGCUGCUAUUUCUGUCAAGGACAAUAAUGGUUCAUUUUUAAGCACUUUGAGUUUACUCUUGUAUAACGACUCAACAUAUGUACAACCAUUGGCCAUACCUAAUGCAGGACUACCUUUAAAGACAAAGGUUUAUGCUGCUGUUAGAGCCACAAAUCUGGAUGGAAGAUGGAACGUUUUGAUGGACUACUGUUAUACAACCCCUUCUGGAAACCCAAGUGAUGAACUCAGAUAUGAUCUCUUUUUGAGCUGUGACAAAGACCCUCAAACAACAGUCAUAGAAAAUGGAAAGAGUCAAAUGGGCAGAUUUUCCUUUGAAGUUUUCCGGUUUGUGAAGCACAAAAACCAGAAAAUGUCGACAGUAUUUCUCCACUGUGUGACCAAGCUUUGCAAAUCAGAUGACUGCCCUCUACUCAUGCCGGUUUGUGGAAAAAGAAAACGAAGAGACCUUCUAGAGAGCACAACAACUGCUCCCCAAGGUGCCUCUGGAAAUGCUGUUAUUACUGCUGGUCCUAUCAUCACUAGGAGUGAUGAAACUCCAACAAAUAACUCUCAGCUAGCACAGCUCAAUGGACCUGCCUUCCAGAUGAAUUCAGUUACAAGUGCACUGAUUUCUGGGAUAAUCAUAUUGGGUGUCAUGAGUUUAUGUUUCUUCAUCUUUGCCCUUUCUCUCCUAAAAAGAAAGCAGCACAACAAUCCAGUGCUUGCAGGGAUUAGUCGAAAUCCUGUUUUUAACUGAUCAAUGAUAAAUUUGUCUUUUGUUGCUUCCAUUUUUAAGAAUUUGAGAACAUAUUCUACUUGUUAUUAAUUGUUAGGAAAAAGGACUACAGUAAGUCUUUCAUUUCAAAACAAAUAUAUUGCACAUUGGUAGAUUUAGGUAGCUGUAAAUGUUGCUGUUUUUGUUUUGUGGAGAAAUAAACAACCUGUGUAGAUAUCAUUGCUAAUUUCAAACAAGAUAAUAUAUUCAAUUAUCCUAUAUUAUAUUUAUUCAAUACCUCAGCUUCAUUGUUCUCAUUGCAGGGUUUAGAAGGACUUGCAUAAUUUAAUAAUAAUUAAUUUUAGUAAUAGAAUAUAUUAAUUUAUGAAAUGCCAAAUUUGCAUUUCUGCUCAUUAUGUCGCUGCACUUAUCUCAAUUUUUAAAAAGAAAUGUCUACAUGCUCAUAUAUAAAUUUUAGGAAUUCAUUAUAUUAUAACUAGUGGCUUCAGUGUAUCAAUGACUAAAGUGUUUUUUUUGUAAUAAAUCUCACGGCACAUUAGCACUUCAGUGUAUGGUAAAAUAGCAUAACAUUAGGCAAUUAUAUACUGUAUGAGGUUUAUGAAAACUGCUGGUUUGUGACAAGGUAGUCCAACAAAUUAAUACAAGAGAACAUAUUUGCAAGACAGUAGAAAUUUUACUGCAAUUUAAACUCUACUGCUUUUUUUGUGGUUGAUAUAAUUGUGUGCUAAAUUUGAAAUUUAGUUUUUAUUUUUAUGUUAAACUGUUGAGAGUCAAUCAAUUUGACUGUAAUUGUAUUUUCUAUGCAUAUCUGAAUUCCAUUUUUAUAUGAUCUGUAACUUGGUAAAGCACGUAAUUUCAAUAUAGUAAUAACUGAACACUGUAUAUCAAAAGCAGUCUUUCUGAUUUUUAAAAUUUUAGUUUUUCUUCUAAAACCAUGGUUGAUUAUCAUUAAAAGUGUGUAAUUUCUGAAGGCAUUAUGUUAUAUUUUUGAAGUUCAUAAAUGGUGGCUUGCCAUGUGAUAGGAACAGGAGUUUCAUUUGUGCACUGAAUUGAUUUAAUUUUCCUCUUUUCUUGCAUUUCUAUUAGCAGUGCCAGUUAAGAGGCCAGCACCCAUAAACCGCUAAUAAAAUGCUUCACAGAGCAAUGAAUGCAUCUGCAAGAACAGUUUAUAAAGCAUGUAAUUUCAUUAUAUUAACAACUGAAUAGUGUAUCAUAAAAGCAGACUCUGGGAGAGAAUACGCGUACCUGUUAAUGUUGUGAAGACAUCUGUGGAAGUAAUGCUCUUUUGAAGCUGAAGACGUUUCUUCCAUGAGUGCAUUGACUAAGCACAUGCAGAUUCUUCUCAGGACAGCAUCUAAAACAGCAUCCCUAUUCUGAACUUUUAUACUUUGGUUUUAUUUGUAUAUCGCAAACAAUUGUCUUUAUAAAGCAUUAAUUAUUUCAGGAAAGUGAGACUAGUUAUGUUCCGAAAUAAACACAUCCUAUGUAAAGCUA